AUGAUAGCCAUCAAGCAAACCACGACGACCACCGAGCUCAGCCCACACGAACAACAGCUCAAGCGCAAACAUCUCCAAGACUCAUCCCAACUAGCCACCAAGCACGCAUUCCCAUCCCUCUCGACUUACUUCACCCUCAUCAGCCAACAACAACAGCAGCCAGCAACCAGCCAGACUACCACCGACCAUCAUGACCAUCAGCGGCGACAGUUUGCCCUCGAGAGGCUGAGAUGGUGCGACCAGUGCCUGGCGUCCUGCUCCGUCACUGUCAAGAUGAACACCCACCAGGUUCUCAUCCGCUGUCAAAGACCGACGUGCCGGAAACUCGUCAUCGAGCCUCUGUCAACUUGGAGUUAUGAACAAACAUCUGAGAUCCACCGACCAACGGCGACGACGGACACCAAGAAAGCGAAGAGCGAGCCGGCGAAUCGACUCACCCCUGCUCCAUCCUCCACGUCUGCUGCAGCGACGGACAAGCUGAAGCCUGCGAAGAAAUCAAAGAACCGCCCGUCUCGCUCGGCCUUGAACGACCUCCUCAAACUCAGGAAACAGGCCGAUCAGCAGCAGCAGCAGUCUGGCUCUAACGCUAAGAAUAAUCUGCAGAGCUUUCUGACACAGUUGUGA